AUGCGACCGGCACUUCGGUACUCACCGUACCCGCUGCCAGAUGUCGAUUCAUCGUCGCAGGGCGGUGACUUGGCCUUGGAAUACAUUGCUUCCUUGCUUCAGUCUGUUGUCCACGCUACCCGUUUGCCUGUCAAAUCCGACAAGCAGGAGAGCGCAGAGAAGACGAACGACGAUGACUUGCAUCUGAUCCAUAUGCCAUUGCCACCAUCUUCGCAUGUCAAAGUGUCGGAAAUACAGGGCCUUGUUGAUACAUUAGCCCGCCGACUAUGGGCUGCGGAAGAUGCGAAAGCCACACACACACACACCAGAGCUACACCGCACCUCCAGGAAGGAUGGUCAACUGUUUCAGAAAUGAUGAAGGCACGCUCAGACCCAGUGCUGCGCAGCCCGCAUAUUGCUCCCAUCUUGGCAUCAAUUGCUCCGACUGGGCUGGACCCGAACGAGAUGCUCGAUUAUGCCUCGGCAGAGAGUGGGCUUAGCGCAGAAGAAGAGCUUCAUCUUCUUCGGGCGCAAGUCCGUGAUAUUGCGCGUGUUUGUAAAGCUGUGGCUUUGGGUGAUCUUACUCAACAUAUUAUGGUCCCUGUCGAGGGUCCAGUCAUGGUCGAACUCAAGGAGAUUAUCAACCAGAUGGUGGACCGGCUGAGCCAUUUCGCCAGCGAAGUGACGCGUGUCUCCUUGGAAGUCGGAACGCAGGGAAAAUUGGGCGGCCAGGCUGUCGUGCCCGGUGUCGAAGGCACAUGGAAAGAACUGAAGGAUGUCGUGAAUCGUCUGGCUGCCAACCUGACCAACCAAGUACGCGGUGUCGCCUUGGUCACUAAGGCUGUAGCCAGUGGCGAUUUGUCCAAGAAGAUUGACGUCCAGGCUGGUGGUGAAAUUUUGGAACUGAAAGUCACUAUCAAUGUCAUGGUGGAUCAGCUUCGUCACUUUGCCAACGAGGUUACUCGUGUGUCUCGUGAAGUCGGUUCGCAGGGCCGUCUGGGUGGCCAGGCGCAAGUGCCAGGCGUAAAAGGUGUCUGGAAAGAGCUCACUGACAAUGUCAACCGGAUGUGCUUAAACCUCACGGAACAAGUGCGUUCCAUUGGUAUGGUUACUACGGCUGUCGCUCGUGGUGACCUGACCAAGACGAUUGAAAUUGAGGCCGAGGGCGAAAUGGCUGAGCUAAAAGAUACGGUGAACAGCAUGGUUGCGCAAUUGCGUGUGUUUGCCAGUGAAGUCGUUCGCAUGUCCCUUGAAGUGGGUACCUAUGGCCGGCUGGGUGGCCAAGCGCAUGUGCCCAAUGUGGAAGGUAUCUGGAAAGACUUGACGAUGAGUGUCAACAAGAUGGCUGACAACUUGACGUCGCAAGUGCGUGAGAUUGCCCGUGUGACCAAGUGUGUCGCAGAAGGUGUUCUUACUGAGUUCAUUACUGUGGACGUCAAGGGCGAGAUUCUCGAGCUGAAAGAGACUGUCAAUAACAUGGUUCGGCAACUUCGUACGCUUUCGGAUGAGAUUAUUCGUGUCUCUGUCGAAGUAGGCACAGAAGGUCGUCUUGGUGGACAGGCCAAUGUGGUGGGCGUCAAGGGCCAGUGGCAUGUGCUUACAGAGCGUGUGAACAUGAUGGCCUCUAAUUUGACGACGCAGGUCCGUUCUAUUGCAGCUGUCAACACGGCUGUGGCCCGGGGCGACCUCUCGAAGACGAUCAAUGUGGAAGUUCGCGGUGAGUUCUUGGACCUAAAGCACACUGUCAACAACAUGGUGGAAAGUUUGCGGACGUUCUCUACUGAGGUUACUCGUGUAGCCAAGGAAGUGGGUACCGAGGGUCGACUGGGUGGCCGUGCGAAUGUGCUGGGCGUGGAUGGCACAUGGAAGGAUCUUACAGACUCUGUGAAUACCAUGGCUGCCAACCUUACGCUGCAAGUGCGUACGAUCGCUCAUGCCACUACAGCUGUGGCACGUGGUGACCUUACUCAGAAAGUCACGAUUUCCGUGAGUGGUGAAAUUCUCGAUUUGGUCAACACGAUCAACAACAUGAUUGACCAACUCUCUUUCUUCGCCUCGGAAGUGACACGUGUCGCCCGCGAAGUGGGUACGGAGGGCAAGCUCGGUGUCCAGGCGCAGAAGAAGGACAUUGAAGGCACUUGGGGUGAAAUUACGGACAAUGUAAAUAUUAUGGCCAACAAUUUGACCUCCCAAGUGCGUGCCUUUGCCCAGAUUACUGCAGCCGCUACCGAUGGUGAUUUCUCACGCUUUGUGACAGUCGAAGCCAGCGGCGAAAUGGACUCGCUUAAGACCAAGAUUAACCAGAUGGUGUACAGUUUACGUGACAGUAUCCAGAAGAACACGGCUGCCCGUGAAGCAGCUGAGUUGGCGAACCGAUCCAAGUCUGAGUUCCUUGCGAAUAUGUCGCAUGAGAUUCGCACGCCGAUGAAUGGUAUCAUUGGUAUGACAUCGCUUACUCUCGAGACAGAGCUCUCACGUACGCAGCGUGAGAAUUUGGUGACUGUCUCAACGUUGGCUAGCAACUUGCUCGCCAUCAUUGACGACAUUCUCGAUAUUUCUAAGAUUGAAGCUGGCCGCAUGACUAUUGAAGAGAUCCCCUUCAGUCUUCGUGGCAUUGUGUUCAGCGUACUCAAGACGCUGAGCGUGCGUGCUGCACAGAAAAAGCUCAAUCUUGUAUACGAGGUCGCCCCUGAUGUACCUGAUGCUCUCAUUGGCGAUGCUCUUCGACUCAAGCAAAUUAUUACCAACCUUAUCGGUAAUGCCGUCAAGUUCACUGAGAGUGGCGGUAUUGUAGCACUGCGUUGCAAGUUGAACAGCGUGCCAGAUUCCGAUACCCCGGUGCUAGAAUUCUGUGCGUCUGACUCUGGUAUUGGCAUCAAGCAGGACAAGCUUGACAUGAUCUUCGACACGUUCUGCCAGGCGGAUGGUUCUACGACACGCAAGUAUGGUGGUACUGGUUUGGGCUUGUCCAUUUCUCGUCGUCUCGUCAAUUUGAUGGGUGGUGAAAUGUGGGUCCGAAGUCAUUUCGGCAAAGGUUCAGACUUUUUCUUCACCAUGGUGGUCAAGCAAGACAAGAUUACCGAUACGCAACUGGCAGAACGUAUGCGUCCUUAUCUUGGCCGCAAAGUCUUCUUCCUUGAUACACUCCAUGACACGACGGGUGUAGCCUCCAUGCUCAAGCAACUUGGUUUAGUGCCUAUUGUUUUCCAUUCCAUCGAGGAAACUCUUUCGCAGAGUCAGCAGAUCAGCCGAAUCGAUACGAUCAUUAUUGAUUCGCUUUCUGUCAUGUCCCAACUGCGGAUGGUCGAACAGUUGCGGUAUAUCCCGAUCAACCUGGUCACGCCUACGAUGCUUUCACUCAAUCUGACGUAUUGCCUUGAUUAUGGUAUUUCGUCCUAUAUCAACACACCUGUGGCCAUUUCGGACCUUUAUUACGCUCUACUUCCGUCCCUGGAAAGCAGCGCUGCUACGCCGGUGGAAGGCAGUCAUGAAGUCAGUUAUGAUAUCCUCCUGGCCGAAGACAAUCUUGUGAACCAGAAACUGGCAUGCAAGAUCUUGCAGAAUCAGGGUCACCGCGUCAACGUCGUAGACAAUGGUGAGCAGGCAGUACAGGCUGUUCAGAACCAUGCUUACGAUGUGAUCCUCAUGGAUGUUAGCAUGCCUGUAAUGGGCGGCAUUGAGGCCACGAUGGCUAUCCGUGAGCACGAAGCUUCGAAAGGUGCACCUCCUAUUCCUAUUGUCGCCUUGACAGCGCAUGCCAUGCUUGGCGACAAAGAGAAAUGUCUUCAAGCGGGCAUGAAUGCCUACGUGAGCAAACCUAUUCGUCGCGUGGAGCUCAUUUCCACAUUGAACCAGUUGCUGAGCCCCAAAGGGCAGCAGACUGAAUCGCCUACGUCCUAA